AUGUCAGAAGAUUCCAGCGAUGCACUGGACGAUCAGCAUGUUGAGGCGAUGUUGCUAGGCACGAGCCCGCCUGCUGUGCCUCCUCCCUCUACGACGCCGGUGUGUCGUAUCUGUUUGGACCAUGUGGUAGCGCCUGGCGACCGACUUGUAAGUCCAUGCAAGUGCAAAGGAACUAUGAAGUAUGUCCACGCAUCGUGCUUGAAUCAGUGGCGCCGACAAUCACGUCGCUCGACCUCUGCCAUGGCGUGUGACCAGUGUGGGACGACGUACCAUUUGCGUCUUCCCCGCCACAUUCGGAUCUUGUUGUGGAAGCCUAUGCGUAUCGCGCUCGUUGGCAUUUUCUUUGUUUUGACUGUGCUGUCGAUUGGAUGGGUCAGUGACUUUUUCUUCCAACGGCACAGUCCGAAGCUCUUUGAAGGGCCGCAUCCGUUUCACUUGCAAUCUGUCUCGUUUGUGCCGUCCAAGGAGAUGCCCUGGAUCGCGACGUCCAUGGAUACCCAAAACUCGAUACCGCCUAUAUGGCUCGAGAUGCUGGGCCUCGCGGGGGAUGACGAUGAAGACGAGGCUGAGGAGGAGGCGAUCGAUUCGUAUUCGUACCGCCUGGGUGUGUUCCAGCCUGUGCUGCUCGUGCAAGUCGUGCAAGGUGUGACGCAGCGGUUUGUUGAAAUGAUCUGUGGGCGUUCUUUGGCGGCCCCAGCGGCGUACGAUAUGGGCACCAAAUUCCCGUCGUUGGUCCAGCGAAUUCUAUCGAUUGAGCACGUCGACUCGCUCCCCUCGGAGGUGUCUUCCUAUGCCAUGCCACUGACAUGGUCUGAGCAUAUGCUGUGGAUCACGACGCUAGGGCUCGCGGUGCUGGCCAUGUCGAUGAAUUUCCAUUCGCUGAUCUUGAUCUCUUCCAUCGGCGCGUUUUAUGUUGGGACGCCGUUUUCGGUGGUGGUCGUCGUGCGUGGUCCGUCUGUGUCCGACAACGAAGCGGUUGUGUUAUGGGAAGGCGCCAACUUUGCGAGCAUUGCCCUACUGGGCCUAAGUCUCUGGGGACUGACACGCACUGUCUCGUCCAUGUGGCGCGCGUUGGCGUUUGUGGCGCAUUGGGCUUUGAUGCACACGGACCAUGUUGUGGAAGGGUAUGCAGCGGACCGGCCCUCCGACGACCCACCAGGCCUGCCUGCGCCGCUGCCUGGGCCUAGGCCUGCGUCGUGGUGGCGCUGGCUCGUGGAUCGCGUCGUGCGGGGGCAUGCUGCGUACCAACUCGACGAUCCACGGUGGGCAUGGAUGCUAGCUCACGCAGGUGACUAA